GCUCGGUUUCGGAGCUGCGCCCGCGCAGCAGUUCUCCUUCGGUGGUUGUUUCAUGGGGGCAGUCAUCGGCCUGCCGCUACUGCGAUUUAACAAUAUUAUUCAGGCCGAGUCCUCGGUGUGCCGUUUUUCCGAAUCCGACGGAGGCCGGAAUCCUUCGCCGCCAAGAAUCCUCCAGGAGUUCUCCGCUGCUUCACUUUGGAUUUCAUCCCCUGUACCCGACGGCUAUGACGCUAGUGUAAAAAAACGUCAACGACGUGCGCGGAGGGAGAGAGACACGCGCAAUUUAUCCAAGGAAACCUGGACGAGUAACGAUAAAGAUGAUUAAUUGACGUAAGAAGAGUUUUUUUUUUUUUUUAUAUAUAUAAACAAAGAAGAAAAUGGCACGAAUCAGUUCGAUAUUCUUACUUACCUGGGGCGUUUUUGUCCUCACUUUGAUCAGAGAAUCGAAAACCGUCAGCUGGGAAGAGUGGUGGACUUACGACGGGAUUUCAGGUCCGGCGUUUUGGGGACUGAUAAACCCCGAGUGGUCCCUCUGCAACAAGGGCCGAAGACAAUCACCAGUCAACCUGGAACCUGCUCGGCUGCUGUUCGACCCGAACCUGCGGUCUCUGCAUCUGGACAAGCACAGGAUCGGCGGGGUCCUGGCGAACACAGGUCACAGCGUCGUGUUCGCGGUCGAUAACGACACUCGUCAUCCGGUAAACAUUUCCGGUGGUCCGCUCAGUUACCGCUACCAAUUCCACGAGAUUCACCUGCACUAUGGACUCCACGAUCGAACCGGCAGUGAACACACCGUCGAUGGAUACGCCUUUCCAGCCGAGAUACAGAUUUUCGGAUUCAACUCGCAGCUUUACAACAACUUCUCCGACGCACUUCACAGGGCUCAGGGGAUCGUCGCCGUGUCUUUGCUGCUCCAGCUUGGCGACCUUUCGAAUCCAGAGCUAAGAAUAUUCACCGAGCAGCUCCACAAAAUCAAAUACGGAGGCGAAGCGACGGAAAUUAAACGGCUUGCUGUACGGGGGCUUCUUCCAGGCACCGAACACUACAUGACCUACGAUGGAUCGACCACUAUGCCCGCCUGUCACGAGACUACGACUUGGAUAAUAUUAAACAAGCCAAUAUACAUCACGAAGCAACAGCUGCACGCGCUCAGAAAAUUGAUGCAAGGGGACCAGAAACACCCCAAGGCACCACUAGGAAACAACUUCCGGCCUCCUCAGCCCUUGCAUCACCGUCCCGUACGAACGAACAUCGACUUUAACGUCCAGGGUGCCAAAAACUGCCCGACGAUGUACAGAGAUAUUUACUACAAAGCCAACAGUUGGAAGCAGCCCUGAACAGUACGGAUUUCCGCUCUUCAGCCGAACCGAGGAGCAUCGACAGAUCAGCAAUUUCUUGAUAUUCGCAUGAGGAUUGAAGAGGGGAUGCGAUAAUCCGGAAUUGCGUUACUUCGUACAUAUAUCAAUCAUAGACAUGUAAGAGAAUUCAACGAGAAGAAGAAGAA